CGCAGAAACACAUCUCCAUUAGCGUUGUGUAGAAAGUAUCGAACGUUGCAGCCUGUCAAAUGUCUGGAACCCCGCCCCACCAUCAGCACGUUAGCGGCAUCUCCAUUCAGAACCAUUUGGCACGCGAUGAGUUGUUUGCUGGCUCGAACACAUCCCCGGAAGAGUUGAACCGGGUCCUCGAGGCGCUCUUCGUCUCUGACCCUUACCUCCAUCGCAAGCGCCGUAUCGCCGUCUUAGGGGAGCCAUUCCCAGACAGUUGCAAAUGGAUCACAUAUGAUGAGAAUUAUUCCGCCUGGCUAAAUGGCAAGAAUACUGGCGACAGGAAUUACAAUAGCAAUACGCGCGUGCUGUGGAUAUCUGGCGGUCUUGGUUCGGGCAAGACGAUGCUGUCUAUCUUCCUAACAGAAGAGCUGGAGAGCUACACAGCGCAGACAGACAACGCAGAUGUGAUUUUCUUCUUCGUCAUGAGCUAUGAUCCGCACAACACAGCCCUAGCACUACUUCGUGGACUUAUACAUCAAAUCAUCAAGAAGCGGCCACAACUGCUCAAGCACGCACUACCAUACUUUACGCCAGGCCAGACACAGGUAACGCUGUUGUCUGUAGACACACUAUGGCUCAUUUUCAGUAAGCUCAUCACUGAUGCUGAGCUUGGGACCAUGUUCUGCGUGCUUGACGGGAUUGAAGAGGGUGACAAGAGCAUAGCAGAAGAAUUACUACCUAAGAUUAUCAGCCUGCUCCAAGGUGGUACCUUACCAUCCGUAGAGGUUCCAAGAAAGAGCAUAUUCAAGCUAGUAAUGCUCAGUCGAGACAUGCCUGGCCUGCAAGACGUCCCAAGGAUAACGAUGCCAGACUUACUGGAUACCCUUUCAGAGACAUAUACCCGUACACUACUAAAAAUCCCGCUUCAGCAUCGGGAGGCUAGCCGGGAGAUAUUAAAGUGGGUAACGUUUGCCGCUCGCCCCCUCCGGCUGCAAGAGCUAGCGGCGGCGGUGCGCAUCCAGCCCCCUACCGAAAUGGCCAUCGAAGCAAUCAUCUCGCUGCAUAGUCCUCUGUUAAAGAUACAAGGGUGGGGCAGAGUCACCUUUGCCCACGAGUCUGCACAAGACUACCUGCAGCGCGAGCUGCGCGAUGACCAUGCAGUGCUAGAGGGAUUUCGACUCGAACCCAGCAGAGCGCAUUUUGACCUAGCACAAGCGUGCCUCGACUGCAUUGAGCAAAGCGACUUAUCAAGUCGUACAGAUCUCAAAACAGAGAGCAGGCAGAAAUCUGAGAAACCUGAGAAAUCUGCGUUAUUAUCCUAUGCUGUGAUGGAAUGGCACCAGCAUGCGAAUCAUUGUUCAAUGUUCGCGGCCCAGCUUUGUGACCCUGCUCGGCCAUUUUUCGAGGCGAAUUCUUCUGCACGGAAAUUUUGGUGGAACAAAUACACAAGAGGAGGCGUUUCAAAUCCUUCGGCACUGUAUAUGGCUUGCUCAUCCGGAGCCCUUACAUGGAUAGAAGCAAUACUUUCCAAGAACCAUAAAGAAACGAGAUCAGAUCAUGAGCUUGCAAAUCACCAAGAAGAUAAUUAUCAUGUACCAGAAGAAGUGUUAAAAGCGGCUGCCAGGAACGAAGAAAAUGGCGCAGAAGUCUUAUGGCUGCUUAUUGAGCGGCUAGGAGAUAGCAUUCAGAUCACGGAAGAAGUGUUAAAGGCGGCUGCCGGGAACACGAACGCGGGUGGUGAUGUCAUGGAUCUCCUCCUUAAUCAUCAAGAAGAUAUUCAGAUAACAGAGGAGAUAGUAGAGGCGGCCGCUAGUAAUAAAGCGAUUGGCCAGGAAGUCAUAUCUCUCUUGAAGAGACGACAAAACGCCUACCACCUAAGGGCGCAGGCACAAAGCACUGGCUCGUCAUUGAUAGAAGAGAGCCUUUCGCAUAUGGCAUCAUUCACUAUUUUUUCGUCGCAGGAAGAGAAGGCGACUGAAGCAACUUCAGUUUCGGGUCCUUGCGCAUUCUCAGUCUUCCAGUCUCGGAAAGAAGCUCCUGAACAGGACGACAAUGCUUCCGUGAUAUCUCAGGAUACUGUGGACAUGACACCAGAACAAGAUGCGGAGGUCAUUUUGAAAUUUGCAGAUGCUCUAUACGAGGGCACUCGGCACCUCGACUUUCCUUUUGAUGGGUCCAGCAUGAUUCAUGAUACGCUACUUGAGACUAAAAUCAAGGGGUUUAGUCAAAAGGUUAAAGACGAUAAUCCACGACAUAGCAAGGAACGGAAACCGACACGAAAGGUAGCGAAAGCCAUACAUCGUCUCAGCCUGGAUAUAUCGAGAAAUUUUGCACGGAAGCUGUUCAAUGAUGACUUGCAUUCUUCCGGAGCCGAAUCAGACAGCAUUCCGGAAAGACCCUUACUCCACUUUGAUAUCCCACAGGAGUCAAUGGAAGAAAAGAUUGAAAGAUUAGGACAUACCGAUGUUGAAAGUCCGACAACUGUGGUCGAGACACGCCAUGACCAGGGAUAUGAUUCAGAAAGUUCAGAUAGUUCGGAUUCUCUGUCUCCGAUAACACAUAUUCGGCCUGACUUCGAAAGCUUGUAUGGGUAUUUCAAAGACCAUCCCGCUUUUGGGGCACUGAUAUUGGAUAUACAACAAUUGAUGAAGCACUUCCACUAUGAUGCUCUGGACCAUAUACGGCACAGUGUGUCUCAGGUCACGGAAAACGCAUCAAACUCAACUCUGCAUUCCGAAAGAAUAUUCGAAGCUCAGUUCCACGCAGACUGGAACCUGUUGCGUUUUCUGGAAGAGCGUCGAGCUUACGGGUUGAACGGUGAUUUGGGCUCUGCCCUGAUAAUUACAGGCAACACACAGGCCGCACAGCUCGAAACAGUUGCACAAUACCUUCUCCAGACGUGGGAUGUACAUUGCGAUGCUCUCCUACCUGCACUUCAGGAAGCAAUUUCUGGCUCACACGGUAAGAUUUCCAUUUCAGAAUCUUUUCACGUCCUAUCCGUUAGCACAUUUGAUCUUAAUGCAUUGACCGCAGUGCCGAAUUCUGACGAUCAAUCUUUGGAUACACGAAUCGUUUUCACUGAAGGUAAAGUCUCAGCAUCAGUCACAGGGCCAAAAGAUUUCCUAGUUGCUGUGGCCCAACAACUAGCAUGGCUGGGUGCCACCUGUAGACCUCGUGAAGAACAAUUGCCGUCCGAAACACGCCAACAUCCAUACUACCACGACACCAUUUUGACACAGGACAAUACUGAACUCAAUGAGUUUCGUAUAUCGUAUGUCAAAGUGCUGGUUGACGAAGACGAGGCUUCACAGUCCUGGACCUGUCUACUCGAUGGACCGUGCAUUGCUUCUGGCUGUCCCAUCAGCGUGCGCUCGGAAGACGAGGCUGGAUUACAAUUACCAUCAGACUUCUUAGGCACUAAAGAAACAGCCUUAGAAGUACUGACGGUCAGGGGUACAGCACCAGCUGGGUCUUCGACAAAAUGUUUCAUCAACGGUUGGGGAAGCUACAAUUUCGAAAAGGAAUUUCAGAGUUCGGAGCAACCCAGAAGUUUGAUUUUUCUGGAACAGAAACUCAACAGCAAUAUUUCCGUACUGGCAUAUUAUCGACAAUCUCUGAUGAAUUUGGCAAAGAGACACAAGCAGACUGGUACUGAACACAGGCUCCCGUCAAGUAACAAAUUACCUCAUGUCGUGUCUGAGUUGCUGGAUACUGACCCAAGUUCUAUCGACUGGUCUUAUGGGCAUGCAAUCAGCUUUUCUAACAAUCUCAAAAGCAAAUUUGAAGAUUGGACGAGAGAAGAGUGGGACUGGUGGCCGUUCAGGCACCCACAGAGAGCGCUUCGUUCUAGCGAAGCACGGCUGUACUGGACUUGUGUAUGCGGAGAGAAAAGAUGGGCAGAAGUCCCAGCAGACUUCGCAAAGAGGGCAACUCGAAUUGCCAAAGCAUGCCGUCUUAAAAUUGGACGACUUGCACAUUCCACACCGGGUCAAGCCUCUGCAGGGACACCUUCACAGGCACAGCCAUCUAUUGCAAAUCCAUCAAGCAGUAACAUCGCACAAAGCUCAUCAAGUCAAAGUCAAAAAGUCAGCGGGCCUGGUUCGCCCUCCAAUAACCCCAACAUUGGAUGCAGCUCAAGCACCCCCAUUAGCACCCCUUCUUCAACCUUACCUUCUCAACACGUAUUUCUUCUAGUGACCUCUGGCAACGAUUUUCGUCUUGCUCAGAUCAGAGUCGACAAUAUCGAAACAUACAAGUUCUUCCACGAAUUGCGACGCCGAUACAACAGUCUCCGGCCUUUUUUGAGAAGGUGGCUCAGCAUUUGGGUCUAUUCUCACUGUGAUUUCUAUCAGUGCGACAAGUGGGAAGCUUACCUUUACGAGCCUCGACGAGAGGAAUUCCCAAAUGGUGUAGAAUACCAGUAUGCGCCGCGCCCUAUGGAUCCUAUGCCGCCAAUCACUCCGCACCAGUUCUAUCAUCGCUUCCACGCUUGCUACGAUCCGCGCCCAUACUUCCAUUUCUACCACAAAUGCAGAAGCUUCAACAAGUUCACUCGAGACCAUCUGAGAAUGAUACCAAAGCGUGAAUUGACUAUCGUCGAAGGUUCAGACAAACAAGAGGCUUUCUGGGGAAUAUUUGCACGCGAACGACCGUCGAUACUUCGCCUUCUGCUUUACAACUUCGCAUGCGCGCUACCCUGCAUUAUUUUCUUCUUCAUGUGGCUCUUUUCAUGGGGGCAUAGUGGAGAUUUGCAAACUGCCUCGGUUCCUAUUUCUGUUAUGCUGGCAUUGCUUUCGGUUUUUUGGAGCAUUUUCUUUGCCCAUCUGGAAAUCAACCAGGGAGAUAACAGAUCUCGGAUGUGA